CGCUGGUCUUAUUAUAUGUUUGCAAUACAGAGGCGCCCAUUUUUUGCAGUGUUUAGAAACUUCAAUAAAAUGUCAGCGCCUUCGAAGACAAAAAGUUAUGUUAAAUUGCUGCAGAAAGCAGAAGAAAGGGAAAAUGCAGAAUGCGUUGUAACGGGUUGUAUACCCGAAUGGCUAAACGGAGAUGUGCUUCGUAAUGGUCCUGCCGAAUUCGAUAUUGGCCCUGAUACUUUUAAGCACUGGUUUGACGGUCACGCACUGCUGCACAAAUUCAGUAUGUUUGAGGGUAAAGUUACGUACAGCAGCAAGUUUCUACGUUCGGGGACUUAUAAAACUAACCACGAAAAUUCGAGAAUAAUAAUCGGAGAAUUUGGCACCGCUUCACGCCCCGACCCGUGCAAAAACAUGUUUAGCAGGUUUUUUACAAAUUUCGUAGAAAUUGCCCCUCGAUCUGACAAUGCAAAUGUCAGUGUUGCCCAACUUGGUGAGGCUUACUACGCAAUUACGGAUGGACCAACAGCUUAUGGAUUCGAUCCGGAAACACUGGAGACCAAAAAUUUAAUAACAGACUGUGGGCCAGCUAAUAUGACUGUCACUGCCGCACACCCGCAUUAUGAUCGUAACGGAGAUUACUUAAACCUGGGUACGACAUUCGGGCGAACUCCGCAUUACCACGUCAUCAAAGUACCGGCUGCAAAAAUGACGUCACCAGACCCAAUGAAUGAGUUGGAAGUUUUUAUGAAAUUUCCAUCCACAACAAGCAACGCAAGUUAUCAUCAUAGUUUCGGACUCUCAGAAAAUUGGAUAAUAUUUCAUGAGCAGCCGUUUAGCUUCAGCACUCCUAAACUGUUAAUUGGAUUGAAACUUUGGAAUCCAAUUCUGUCUUCGUUUUAUGAAGAUAAAAAAACAAUCUCUUUUCACAUUAUCAACAAAACCACGGGCGAGAAGAUAGCAACAAAAUACGAAGCCAGGGGAAUGUUCUGCUUCCAUCAUAUAAAUGCUUACGAGACUAAAGAGAACGAUGGAAAGAGAUUCAUAGUUGUUGACAUGUGUGGAUCAGACCGCUCCUUAGUAUGGCUGCUGUAAGUAAGCCUACAUCCCCUAUUUAUGUAUGCUAUUUCUUCGGAGUAUAUCUUGCCGUCGCAUUUAGUAAAAAUAAACGUGGAGACGAAAGAAAUAAAAUAUUGGAAAGAAAAGGACAAGUAUACGUCAGAGCCCAUCUUUGUACCUCGUCCUGGAUCGCAAGACGAAGACGAUGGGGUUGUCCUUUCAACUGUCAUCAGUCCUACAGAUGACAAGACGUUUCUUCUGAUUUUGGACGGUCAGUCGUUCAAAGAGAUUGCACGAGCUGAGAUUGAGACCAAGAUGUCCUACCCUUUGCAUGGUUUAUUCUCCAAGCGUGACAGAAUACACACCGAAGUUUAUUUCAGAAUAUACAAUGUUACUAAUAUGUUCGCAUGCAAGUUCUUGUGUUUUGUCUACUUAUACAGUAAAAAAAACUUUUAACCAGGCGACGACUUUUAAUAUUAACAAGUUUAAGUGCAUAAUUACACAUAUUGUUUAUUGCAGUUUAUAAUCGUGACCAUUCAAUAGUGGUUUGCUCUCUUGUAAGCAUAAAUGUGAAAUUGUAAUUACAAUAAAAUGCUGGAAUGGUA